CACCAAAUACAACUUGAGCAGACGGGAAGAUCAGAUCCAUUGUUUCUUACUUCAUUGAUUCCUUAUAUGCCCAAGUGCACAAUACUUCCCCACCACAGAGCUUUAUCACUUUCUCUUUGACCUUGUUCACACCAGGCUUUCCCUAAAAUCAUGUCCCGCGGACCGGACUUUGGACAUGCCUGCUCUGGGGUGAGGGUGAGAAGUUCAGGAUGCAGGCCACCCUGGGAAAAGAGGACAACCCUAGCCCGCUCUCACUGCAGCAGCUUACAGCUUGGGGCCAGAGAAUGAAAAUGGCUUCCACCAAAGUGAGCUUUCGUUUGGCUGCCUGUUUACUAAACAUUUCAGAGGCCAGAAAAAAAGAUAUUGUUGAGAAAAUAGCUAAAAGUGCUAUUUAUGAUGAGAACGGACAGAAACAUUCUCAGGCCACAGUACUUAAUAUAUUUUCUGAUUAUGAUUACAACAGAUCAGUCAUAACCAUUGCAGCUCCCAUUGAUAUGUUAGGUGUCGGAGCCAGCCCCUAUGUGAUGAAUUGCAAUGUGACUAUAGACACCCAAGACAUGGCUACAGGAAAAGAUAUAGCAUGUGCUGUCCGAGGCAUCAAUCCAAGUGGCUUAAAGGGUGUCCAGACUAUAGUUUUUCCCCAUAAUGGGAAAAUUGAAAUAGCUUGUAAUGUGGAGAGCUUUGAAGACCAAGACAAUACACUGACCCUACAUGAAGACUCUGGGUACAUUUCAUACUGUGUUCUUGGGAAGACUUUUUCUUAUGUAUCCCCUCAAUCUAUAGAGGCACUCAUUAAAAAAUUAGCCCACAACUAUGGGAUAAAUACUGUCGGGGCAGCAUUAGUUGGAUUUACCCCAGAGGAAUGUAAGCACUGUGCCACAUAUGCAUUAAAGAAAGGCAUUGGAGAAUUCUGGAGGGGCACAUCUACACUACGACACAAGGGCAAAUCUAAUACGGUUGAUUUCCUAGCACCCAAUGUUGUGAAGUCGAAGAUCUGUGUCCUCAUCGUGGGAAAGAAGCGAAUGUAA